UAUUUUAAUCAUCUUUACCAUCGUUUCCGUCCUAUUUUCUUCUGUUUGCCACUUAUUUGCACGAGGGUUUCGCCUUUUCUAGCAAUCCCUUUUCGAUCUCGUUUCCAAAUUUCUACUACUUCACUUUUAUUCUCUUUUUUAGGUCUUGAAUCCAUCUGGGUUUUCUUUAUUUGUUCACAUCCUGUUGCUCAAAUGUCUGUUGGGUGUGUUGGGUUCCUCUGUUUUGCCUUCUUCUCUAUAUAAUUGCUUUUCUUGCUCUACUCUGUCUUCUGGGUUUGUGGGUUUUUCUCUCAUGGGGUUCUAGUUCUUUCUUGCAAUUUUGAAAUCCCUUGUGUGUGUUUGUUUUUCCCCUCUCCAGGGUCCAUUGAAUUUUUUGUUUCUCGUUGAAUUUGUGACUUUCUUACUUUUGACCAUAAGAAUUGGCUUCUGGAAGAGUGUUUUUUCAUUUCAUUUUUUAUCCUCUGGCUUUUGAAAGAUGAAGUGUUUCUUUAAUCCCAAGGGAAAAUCCAAGUCCAAAGGGAUAUCAAAAUCCGCUCCAGAGUUGAACCAAGGAGAAAAAUCAGACAAAUCAGCCAAGAAAAAUGGUUUCAGACCAUCCAAUUCAUUACCUUCAAGGAGUAUUCCUGAAUUGUACAAAGAGAAGGAGCACAAUUUGAGGGUUUUCUCUAUCCAGGAGCUUGUUGAUGCAACAAAUGGCUUCAGCAGGAUGUUGAAGAUUGGGGAGGGUGGUUUUGGGUCUGUAUACAAAGGAAGAAUUAAGCCCACAACUGCCAAUGGUGAACCUGUUGUGGUUGCCAUUAAAAAACUCAACCAGCAUAGCUUGCAGGGUCAUAAAGAAUGGCUUGCAGAAGUUCAAUUUCUUAGUGUAGUUAGUCAUCCAAAUCUAGUUAAACUUCUGGGUUACGCGGCUGAAAAUGGUGAGAGAGGGAUUCAGAGGCUUUUAGUCUAUGAGUUCCUCCCAAACAGGAGCCUGGAACACCAUCUUUUUCUAAGAAUGUCACCAACUCUGCCAUGGAAGCAAAGAUUAGAGAUUAUCAUUGGUGCAGCUCAGGGCUUGGCUUACCUACAUGGAGGAUUAGAAGCUCAGGUGAUAUAUCGGGAUUUCAAAUCUUCGAACGUACUAUUGGACGAGAACUUCAAGCCUAAACUCUCAGACUUUGGUCUUGCUAGAGAAGGACCAAGUGGUGAUCAUUCACACGUUUCUACAGCGGUGGUUGGAACACAGGGAUAUGCUGCUCCUGAAUAUGUUGAAACGGGUCGUCUAAAGACCCAAUGCGAUGUAUGGAGUUUUGGCGUGGUUCUGUAUGAACUCCUCACGGGCAGACGAGCAUUGGAUAGAAACCGCCCCAUGGGAGAGCAGAAACUUCUACAUUGGGUGAGACAAUUUCCAGUUGACAGUAGUAUGUUCACCAUGUUAAUUGAUCCUCGACUCAGAAACCAGUAUUCCUUGUCUUCCGCCCGGGAAGUUGCAAUGUUGGCAGACCGGUGCCUAAACAAGAAUGCGAUGAGUCGGCCAACAAUGACAGAAGUAGUUGAAAGCUUACAGAAAGCGCUACUAAUGUCGGAAGAGAAAACGGGCUCUAGUAGUAGUAGUAGUCAAAAACAGUCUCCUGGCGUCCUGUUAUCUCCAAGAUUUGUUGAUCAAAAGCAUGUCAUGGUUAAAAGACGAGGAAAGGUUUGAUCUUUGGAAUAACUUCACUUUGGUUACUGACUGAAGUAUCACACUCUUCAGGAUGAAGUAUGAAAGUUUUGACCUUCUGCAAUCCCCAAAAGUUCAUCUUUUUUUAGCACAUUGUCUUGGAAAGGUUUGAUCAUGUAAAUCUUGUCCAAUUCACAGAGAAGCUAUACAAUUGUUUUUCCUUCUUAUUUUCUUCUUGUUACUGUGUGUUUGGAAUCAAGAAUAGAUCUUUGAGAAGGUGUUAUAAAUCUGGUCUACGUACCAUAUAAUAUAUCAUUCUUGCAAUUCA